GGGUGCUCGCAUCACACAGCAUUAUGGCCGCCCGCAUCCAAUCAUGAGGGUUUCACACCGAGUCAACCUCUUCCCAAGCUGAUUCUAGCGAGCAGGGUUGAGCCUACUCUUGGUAGGCCUGCUCAGGAUGGUCACCAAGGCCUCUUUUACUAAGAAGGCAUCCCUCGUGAACUUCUUCGUGUAUUGCACUCGGUACGGGCAGGAAGAAGGCGAUGAGUAUCAGAAGGUGCUGUACUACUACCCUCCUGAGGCAUCUGAGGACUCAAAGAUCCGAACUGUGGGUUUGGCAGAGGCUGUCAUCAGGUUCACAGGGACAUUCAAUUGUGAGCAUCCCUGUGAAUACCUGACAACCAAGAAGACGAAGCAGUAUUUCUAUGAACCUGAGCCAGAUUUCUGGAUGGCAAUGACCAUAGGAAUCCCUGUGACUGAGAAGGUCAAGGAUGGUGUAUCGGUGCCUGAGUAUUGUUCAGAAGAUGUUUGGAGCAAUGUUUAUCGCUCCAUCCUCAUCCAGUCCUAUGAGAUGUUCAGGUUUUUCAUGGGCACUUUUGAAAGUGUCUUGACAAAGGUCUCAGAUGAUGUGAAUGGACUCAAGAGCAGAUUAGAGCAUUUCUACUCAAAAUAUGUUCUGACAAUGGAACUUGAACAUGCCAGCCUUCUGGAUGCCAUCCAUGGCCUGAUAUUCCUUCCAUUGGAUAGGCAGAACUUCUUGAAAAUCCAUUGCUUAGUCAAUCUCUUGGAAGAGCAAUACCCCUGUGCCCGACAUGUGGUCUUUCUUUACAACGAAAUGCUGGUUUGGAGUGGCUUAGAGCAGAAGGAUAUGCAAGUAUUUUAUAGAUACCUCACAACCAAUCUCUUCCCUUCCUGUGCCCCUGAAGUCAUGAAUUCAGGAAGAAUGACUCCACAAGCAGGAAGGUUUCUCUUGGGUCCCCCUGAUGUGAAGGAAGAAGAAAACUUUGGGAAAAUUCCACAUGUGAUUCUUCAUGCAGGCCCAACCCCUGAAGAAUUACAAUUGGUCAUCUAUAAGCUGCAGAAUGCCUGCAUCUGUAUUUUCAUUGAUGGUACUUGUAGGCCUGGGCCUGUUUGUUUUCCCUGGUUGUUUUUAUGGGACAUCUUUUAUAUGGAUAAUUUUAUAUAUCCCACAGACACAUUACAGCUGACAAUGGAUUUCUUCAGAAAGUUGGAGGCUUUCCUGUUGACACAUGCUCCUCCUGUGGUGGAGGACGUGACCACACAACAAGCCAAGCGGCUCCAUUCUGCUGCCCCCGACCAGCAUUUCAAAUAUGUAUACUUCAAUCGCACAAAUUUAGCUCAGAAGAACACAGUGAUAAUUGAGCCUGGGGACCGCAGCUCUGGUGGCAUUCCUGUAGAAGCCCUUCGCCUUUUACCUGACCUCCAUUCUGAUCUCCACCACAUGGGAACCAGAGUGGAGAUUGCAGCAAAGAUGACCAAUGAUUACUGGGUGGUGGCUAAACUCUCUGACAGUCGGGAGUUCUAUGUUGUACUCAAUCAAAAAAGUGCCAGCCUUCUUGAAAUCACUGAGGAGGUGCAGAAGCUCUGCAGAUCCCAGUUCAACAACAUCUUCUUUGUGGACUGAAGUCCACAUCAUUCCAAGCUGAGAGAUUCGCCCUUGGAUUCCCCCAAUGUGAUGAACUCCAAAUAGGUUUAAUUUUUUGAAGUUUUUAUUUUUCAUGCUUCAAGAAAGACUUACACUCCAUGGGACUUUGAUUGCAGUACUAGAAAUAUGAUACUUUUAGUGCUUAUAAGAGUAAUAAUUGCGAAUUUCCUGCAGCUUGAGAUCCAUUGCUUGUUCUUGAAGAUUAGGUAAAUCAGUUUAAGUUAGUCUGACAAUGAAGGGGAAGACAUACUUAAGUUUGAUUCACUAGUACCAACAUCCCCAGCCGUUCUUCAUGUAAUUUCCAUAUUUAUACAAAAAUAAAAAUAUAUAAACAAGAGGAA